CGAAAACAAAUCGUUGUCGUCAUCAAAUUGCAUUGCUUGCUUUGCGGUAAUUUUUCGUAAAAAUCAGAAUUUUGAUAGAAAUAAAAAAUGAAUAAACGAAGUACAUGUGCAGCAAAAUAUAACUUACGAUGAACCUUUCUAAAUCAAGUGACGAAAACUAUAAUUAACUAUAAGGUGUGCAAGUGAAAAUGGUGAAAAUGGAUGCUUCAAAAAUAACAAGUAAAACUAGCUCCCUGAAGGCGUUAAUUCUGAAGGCUUGGAGAGAAAGAUGGACGGAUAUUCAGUGGGGUAUCAACAUAAAGACGAUCCUGCCUAGAGGCGUCAGCGGAGAUCUGUAUAACCUAGCCGAUUGUAUACUUCAGCAAGCCAUGGUGGGAUGCGGUGCGAAUCAGCUGGUAAUAUCAUAUUUGAAACAUUCUCUAGCGUCACACUUGGUCUCAUACGCUGCGGUUCUUCAGAGAAUCUCCAAAUUCGACGCGUUCCACAAACCUCAUUGCAUUAUUGCUUUAUUGGAAUUCCUUGAGGGAUUCCUCGACAGUGUUACAUGUAGAGGCAAAAUGGAGGAAGAAGUGCUCGCUUACUCCGUGUCUUCAAUCAUUCUAUGGCUUCUGCAAGUAUACCAUUACUCACUCAGCAAGUACCCAUCAUCAAACCCAAUCCAGAGUCAGGAACUACUAGAGAAGUCUACCUCAUUACUCAACUCUAUUGUUAACACUGACUUCCUACUGGCAAUGUUUUAUUUAGCUAAGCAAAAUGACCCUGAUGAGUACAAUGAGGUUACCAAGAAGUGCCAAGAGAUCACCACUUACAUGAUGAUGAAUACUCAGUUCAAAGCUCCGGUGACUAUUCAUGAAACGUUGCAGAAGAUUUGCAAUAUGGACAUCGAUAAAAUUGCACCGUUAAACAAUAAGCCGGAGAAUGUAGCUCAUUGUCUACAGGCGUUGGUUGCUAUAAAUGUUUUAGCGAAUCCGAGUGCUGAUUUGCAACAACUUUCAAGUCAAUUGAUGAUGGUGCAAAGAAUCAAAGGCUAUUCUCUUGCUCGACUCUAUUGUGAAUUGAUCAGGGCAUGUUUCAUCUCCCUUAACGACUCCAGUAAGGAUGCGUCCAAGCAAGCACUUUGGGCUGCGUUCACUUUUCUCAAAAUACCGCAAGUCAUGCACUACCUGCAUAACACAUCUGGAUCUACAAGCAAAGAAAGCGAAUAUUCCGUGGAACUGGUUGAAGCAUUUGAAAUGCUGCUUCAAUCUACCCCAUUACUAGAUGUGGUUGAUACAAAAAAUUCUUGCAAUAGCAUUAUAUCACUGAUUGAGCCUUUAGUAAAAUUGAAUAUACUAUCUGAAACACAUCUGUCUUAUUUUAACCAGAAAAGGGAGAGCAAAGAUGUGAAGCUUCAAAAGUUGGAGCCUACUGGCUUACAAGGUUCAGUGCCUACUUUUAUAACAAGAGCAGAGCCAACAUUGACUGGUAUCCUGAAGACCAUGGGAGGUGACUUCUACAAGACCCAAGAGUCGCUGUACACAAUGCUGUGCCAGAUUGUUGGUGGAGCAACAUUGGACACCAUAUUGGCUGUAGCCACCGUGGAAGGAAAACUAAAGCUACUAGUCUCAAGGCUGAUAAAGUUUAAUGAGUUUGCACUGCACGCUGCCAGCGAAAAAGGUGCCACACAAUCCAAGGUAUACAUUUUUGAUAUUUCAUUCUUGAUUCUAUGCUCAAUAGUUCAGGAUUAUGGUGCUGAUGCAGUUCUGGAAGAAAAUGGAGACUCAUUCUUUGAACAGUGGAUAAGGGAAUGUAUGGUGCAUAAAGGAGUUCACAAAUCACCUGAGCAAAUCCUGCAGAAGUGUGACCAGCCACUUGUUGAUAUAUUCAUUCACCAUUUGAGUGCUCCUGAUUUUGAUUUCAAGAACACUAACUUGAAGCCUCAUGAUCUAGCUGUAAAUGUAAGUGGGGCAGUAAAGGAAAUCUUAUUUGCUUGGGAACAAGGCUCACUUUCAGCUGCAGAUGUUAAGCGUAUGUUGGACUCAUUGAGGCAGAAAAUGGCAUCACUGGCUGUCUGUGCCUCAGUAUGGUUAUGUUCAUACAUAAAUGUUGUUCAUCAAGAUGCAUUCUUAAAACCUAUAAACAUGGUUCAGCAAUUUUUAACUCCUCUAACUGAGGUUGAGUUAGCUCAGAUAGACAAUUUCAAAGAGAGAGCCACUCUUAUGUGCCAGAUAAUAAGGAAAAUGCAGUAUGACAUCCACCCUACAGUUGUUCCUAAGACAAAAACUGUGGGUCUUUCUAGAAAUAUUAUCUCACGUCAGCCUAUUUUGGAGCAGUUGCAAAUAGUCUGGGAGGAUAUCAAAACUAGAGGUUACCUGCAUAUUGAUGCUACUCAUGUUAUUGAAAGUUUACUGAACACAACUGGUGCUGUUUGGUUUGUCACAUACUUGGUCAAAGAGACACUCAAAUUCAGAUACCAAGAAGACCUGGACAGAUCUGUGGAUAUUGUUCUGGCUAUGUUUCACUUGGAUAUAGAGAAGUGCACUGAAGCUUUGUUAUUACAUGUUCUGCCUCAAUAUUUGUACAAUGCAAAAUUAUGUGAGGAGUUGGUGGAGCCUCAGUCAGCCAUAUUGGCUAAAUUAGCAGUAUAUUGCCUGUAUGCAGCUCUUGAGCAAAGCAAUUGGAAUAACAAAGGGCACAAUGCUCGGAAACGUCGCCAUGAUGACUCAGAGGAUUUGGAUAGUAUGUGCUCAUCAAACAAAGUCAGAAGACUGAAUGACAAUACAUCUGAUAGCAACAGUAUGUACUAUUCUCAGGGUUCUGUUUCUGGUGUGGUAUUGAAGGAACCACUGCAGUCUGCUUUGGAGUCUUUGUUCAAGUCCUUCUCGCAACUGGCUGGAAAGAAUGGUGAGGUGACUCCACAAACUCAUUUUAUUUUGGAAUUCCUGGUAUAUGUUGUGCAGUGUGGCCAAGAUAGAGCUCAAAUUAUUCUCCAGAAGAUGCCCAGUGAACUUGUUCCUACACUGAUAAAGGCAUUACCUGACAGCUUUAGUAUUAGCCUAAUACUUAGACUGUAUGAUUUAUCCACUGCCUAUGGUAGAAAAGAUACAGCUAGAGACUUAUGUUUGUUGAGAAAUAUGAGGUUGAGACCUGAUUAAUAAUUAUCAGGAAAUUGCUUACAUUUGUUAUAACUAAUGACAUAAUUAUAAUUUUAUAAAAUUGUUCUAAAUUUCUUUAGGUAGACAACAUUUUGUAUUUUUAGACAUGAUUUCUCAGAAUUAGAAUAAGAAUAAUUAGUGAAUGAUUUAAAGAUUUGUUCUAAGAUU